AUGGUGAAGAUAUUCGUUGGGAACCUGAAUCCAGAAUCCAAAGCUUCUGAUCUCCGCAAAAAAUUUGAAGCCUUUGGGAAGGUUACGGAAUGUGAUGUUGUUAAUAAUUAUGGCUUCGUGCAUAUGGAAAAAGAGUCUGAGGCUGAAGCUGCAAUAGAAGGACUUCAAAAUGCCAUUCUUGAUGGGGUGAAAAUUAAUGUUGAACGCAGCCACGGGAAACGAGGUGGUGGUCCCGGGCCUACUAGACGUAGAAAUGAAGGGCGUUAUCGGGAUUAUCCACCGGAAAGGGGACCACGUGCACCGCCACGUUACAUGAAUUCCGGCCCACCUCCCCCGCGAAUGGGACGCUAUGGUCCGGCUUGGGAUGAUGGGUAUGGAGGGCCCUACGGACCACCACCACGUAACAGCUCUAGAGGUUACGAUUAUCCCCCAAACGGUGCCAAUGGAAGGUAUCCGCCAAUUGACCGUGGAGAACAACACAGACCACUCCCACGUGGUCCAGCCCGUGACCCACUGCCGCUACCACCUAAUGUGGGAUAUCGUGGGCCUCCAGUCCCUGAACCUAUACCAUCGUCUCGAGAUUAUCCUCCAAAACCUCCCCCAAUCAGACAAAGUUACGAUGUGUAUGGUGAAUUUGACCGGUACCGGGAGCCAAUAACACCAUCAGGUCCUCCACGUGCGAACGAUUAUUAUGAUACAUACGGCAGCUAUAGCAGCGGAAACUACGAAGACUAUAGAGAUAACGAUAGAUCAAUGUCUAAUUACGAUUCGGGAUACGAUUACAGUUACUAUGACUAUGGGAUGGAUAGCAGAUCACCGGUUCCACCAAGAUCAGGGUACAGCUACGGUCGCCCCUAACUAAAAGUCGUCCCGUGAAGUCAAACGCGAAGCAACCUCGAAUCACGUAGGCAAGAGACGUUUGCAUUUAUUACUCGUUUCCUGUUCAUCGUUCGCAUCAACGUUAUUUGGCUAGUGUCAGCAGUCGUACCCACGAUCUUCUGGCUUUUGCGUUUUUAGACAUCAAUUCACUUUCAGUCGUAAAUGUGACUUCUCGUUUUUAUGCGUCAUAAGAGACCGUCCAAAUUUCCCAUUUAUCUUUUUUGAAAUAUAAAUUGUGUUAGAAAUCGUUGCUUUUGCGUUAGUUGUAGUCUAGCUCGUCUGGUCUCUACGCGUUGCUUCACGUUUCAUACAACUUUUUAUUUAGGCUAGCAAAUCUCCUCUUGUUGAUUAUAGGUAGUAUGUGUCUAUUUGUCAACGUCCGCAGCUGAUUCCCAGAGAUGGUCUUCAUGUAAGAACAUCGUAGUCUGUCAAAAUGCCACGUCAGUUUCUCGUGCUGAUUACUGCUCCUGCCACGUUUGUCAACAACAACUUGUGGGUUUUUAAAAUACUUGCUUGAAUAAACCGUCAAGACCCUUUAUAUCUCAUAGGGCGUUUUCACACUGACAUUCGACAAUGACACUAGCCUUCACUGCGUGUCUACUUACAAAAAUUUCAUCCUACAUUACAUGGGGUGCUGUACUCUACGAAGUCGUAAGAUUAUUCCGUGCAUAUAUGCAAGCUUUUUUACACAAACGAAGUCGGAACUAUGUGGCGUCGCAAGUAUUCAUCGGACUAGAGAGCCAUUUUUUGUUCUAGUCGUAAAAAUGAGUACCUUCAGGUGUGUUUAGAAUUUUUUCUUCAUAAGUAGAUCUUUCAUCACUUGAUGGAAGUGUCAAUUAAUCAAACGUUUUUCUGAAGAGAAUUGAGUUUUCAUGUGCAAGGUGUGAAUCUAUCUUAACCGAUCACUAGGUCUUGACGGGUGCCUCAAAAGUUUAACCACCAUGUUAUAGUCAAACAUUUAAUUGAACCCUCAUAAGUUCCAUCUGGAUAGGCUAAGUAAUACUAUCUAUAUUUAUGGGGAAACCUGUUGUUCGUCUACUUCAACAACCGAAUUCAUGUAUAGUUUGAUGCCGUCCGAAUCUUACAUCGACUCAGGGUGUGUGAUCGAGUCUAUAAACACCCACACAUUUGUAUCAUGUAUUCCUCAACCUACGUUUAAGUUCGAUUCACAAUAAAUCGGCUAGAUGUUGAUUAUUCAUCAUCUUAUAUUUGUUGUAUCGUUACAGUUUCUGAUAAUCUAAAGACAUUUCGCAAUAAAGUGGUUAAUUAGCAAUACUGAGGUUCUGCCCGCUAUAUGUCUAACAUUCAAGUAUGUAUUGCCGAGAAAGAACAGAUUUUUUCCAGUAAUCUCUUUGUAUGUAUGUGAGUCCGGAAUAGUCUGAUGGUGAUGCUGAGCGACCAUAAAAUCGAUUCUUAGCAUCGGGUCUCAAUUCUAAGGCGUCCAAUGGUUCCACACUUUCCCAAACUGGAUUACUGUUCAUUUUGCCACGUUAUAUUAACGGGUUAUGAAGGACAAUAGUUUUCGUCAGAAUGAUAAGACGCAUCUCAUCAUCGAUAGUUGUCGAUUUCCUAUAUAUUAGUUUCGAAAUAAUAUUUCAUUUAUUGUAUUAAUUAUUUAUUUGGACUUCAAAUAAACAAAUUUAUCCAUAACUCCUUGUUCUCUGGACAAACUUAGUAAAUGUAUUAUAUUAAAUACUGCAAUCUGAAGGUGAAAAGAUAGUCCAUCACAUCCCUAGUUGUCUUUAGAAUCCUAAAGCGGCCGAGAAUAUAGGUCAAAUAAUAUUAAUUACGAUGGUAAUGACGUUCCCUUUGUUCAGUUGGUUUGUCACUGAUGUCAUCCUCAUGUACUCCUAGGCGCGGUGGAGUUCUGUCGAUCGAGUUGCCAUGUGUCUGUUUAGUGGAAUUGGCAUGGCGCUAACCGCUUGACAUGCAAGUGUGUCUCGAAAAGUUUGGUGCAGUUUCGUCCAACCAAUUUUAAUUAUCUAGUUUGUCGUAUGGUUCUUUUCUGCAGUGAUGCAGCAUUUAAAUUCUAAACUUAGAUGAGUGUUUAAUAACAAACUUGCUAGAAAGUUCCGAGUUGUUUAGCUUGUGUCACGACUGUAGAUUUGGGUGAUCAAAUUAGAAGUCAUGGGUCACACCUUGUAAAGCCGCUGAAGGAUCAAAUGAUUUAUUGAUGCGAUCUUUUUAAACACACCCUCAAACAAGGGGAUGCUCACUGUUCUUGUCACCCGUCAAACUGAAACUGUGGAAGCACCAUCCUCUGCAACAGUAGUGUGAGGCGUCAUAUCACUCGUACUCAACAUGGGACUAGACACAGUUCCGUAUCGGUUUUAGUUAGCACUAUGGAAUUCGUUAUCGAAGACUGUGCAUGACAGUGUUUUUUAGGUUAUGUAGAACCGAGGAAUGAGUUACUAUCGAGCUUUUGACUUUCAAUUUUCGACCGUAGUUCACCAUAAUCCCACAGAUUUUCAUCUAAUAGUCUAUCCCAAACAGUACGCCAACAUACAGUUACCAGUUUAAUACAUUGGUGCAAGUUAUCCAUCUCCUCGGUUUCCCGUUUCUUCCUAAAACUCUGUUCCCAAAUACACACUUUACUUGGCGACUCCACCAUUUUAGGGUGAUGCUUCAAAAAUGUGUUAUCGAACAUGCCUGACGAGGUAUAUCUCUUUUCGGUCUAUUAGCACAUGUUCUUCCAAACAUUUUUGAAUAGGACGUGGAGCGUGUUUACACUUAUCUCUAUAUAUUCAGCGAUCUUUGAGUAGAUCUUGCAGGGCUUGGAACCUGUUGUUAAGAGCUGUCUUGGAUUCGUCGUUUGUCAGUUUCUCGGCGGAAGGCUAUACUGAACCUUUGUAAUGCUGUCACUCCAGUGGUCUAGUGGUUCUUUAGCUUCACUUUUAUCUUGGCCACAACCAAGUGGUGGUCUGAAGGUAUGUCAGUUCUCUUGAUUCUCAUGUCUUCCAUUGACCUUCUGAAUUGUUUAUUGAUGCAAAUAUGACCUAUCUGAUUCCCUGUAGUGUGAUCCGGUGAGACCCAUUUUGAUUUGUGUAAAUAAUCAAAAUACUAAGAAGCACCAAGUUAAUUCGAACUGUCCUAUGGCGGCGAAAUUGUAAUGACUACAUUUAUCUCUUAGUCCAAUGGAGAAUGUAUUCACGUUUUGGUUUGUUCAUCUCUAGCUUUCUCCCGGCUACAUCAGCCUUGCGUUACAUGGCUCUAUAUUUGGGUCUUUAAACAAAGCCCAACUUCGUGUGUUCUACUAAACAACCGUUUCAGUAUAUCGCAUGCUCUACGAUAACCCGAUGAUGGUGGUAGCAUUAUGAAUCAUUUUAUGGCCUCUCGAGCCUUUACAAUAAUGUAACAAGAUAAAGAGCCGUUGACCAUCGUCUUCUUAUUUUUUUUAUUAUUAAUGGCUUGGAUACCACAUAUAACUCGAGCUGUGAUAAAUUUCCUGUAUUUGGCUGGUUGCCCAUCAGAAUUACUUAGUUCUACCUUUGGGAGCUCAAGACCCACACCUAGAGAUGUCAAGGUCACUUCCCUAUUCUUCGUUCGUGGAUAGUCUAACAGAUUUGGCUUUUCUGGGAACUUGAUUCUAAUGUCAUGUGAACGACUCGCGGAACUUUGAACAUACCCCCGUCUUCUGUCGACAUAGCUGGAGGCAGAAGAUACUUUACUACAUAUAUUCUCUUUUAGCCAUAACGACCCCAACCCUCUCUGAAGGCGCAACAGCUGGUUAUCUUUAAAAUCUCUAAUAGUUGUUUUUUCCUCAACUGCUUUUCUUUUAAAUCUGCUAAGGUGAUGCUAGAGCUAAUUUUGAUGUGCCUACUUACUAAUCUAGUAUUAGAGCUAUGACAUGAAGAUAUAUCAAAAGAAACUUGCCGUAUAUCAGGAGGCGCAUCCGACUGCAUUUCUUCAUGGCCCAAUACCAGGUCUUUGUUGAUCUUAUUGCGCUUGCCAGGCAUUGCAGUGUUCGUUUGAGAACCAUCUCAUUCGGAGUUGCAUGCUAGGUGUUAUAAAAAUACGUAAGCAAUCGUUCGAUGACAUCUAUUAUCAAAUACUAGUAGCCUGCGAAUAUCUACCUUUUUAGACACUAGGUUUCACUUUCCUGAGGAAGAACAACCGGACGAACACUAACAUGGUAUACUAACCCUUUAGUUAACGGACAGGCACCUCGCCUACUCCACACGUUGCCAGAAGCUAAUCGAAAUUCUAAAUUGUGCUAAGAUUUCCUCAGUCAGCAAUAUCAAGUUGCAUAUCUCAAUAGUUUAGUGAAUAGAUAAACCGGUAUUUGUAUAUAGUAUGCAAAGUCAGUAACUCCGCCCGGAGUCCCUCCCGGGGGUUACUGCAGGUCCCAAGCCCGAAUAAAGGGGGAGGGUUGGGCAUAGGGUUAGCGUCCCCAUCUCGUAGAAAACUAACUCACUAAAAAAACGCUAACCAGGAAAAUUAUGCAAAAUCAGUACACUAACUAAUUUGACUAAGAGAUAAAGUUUGUCACUAUUAUAUACUUGUUUCCUCGACACUUCCUAAAUUUGUCAGCGUUUUUUAACCAAGGUCUUGAUACGUCUUAAGUGUUCUGUUGUUACUUCAGUGAAAUCGAAGACCACUUAUUGACUAAUGAUUUUUAGAGGACUUCCGGGUUUGGAGACAUAAUGUUCAAAUGUUUACAUGGAUUCGCGUCGAAAUAAACAAAGUAUAGCUAUAGUAUCCGAAUUGUUUUUAAAGUCCUGACAUUCGAAUUUCUAUACAUUUCCGGUUCCACAUCCAGAGCUUUACGCCAGUGUGAUGUUUAGACAUAACCUUCUGGUUAGUCAGUGACGUUAUGUAAAACUAUCUUUGAUAUUUUAGAAGAGAAUGAAUCUACUAUCAUAACGUUACUUAAAGUUGCUACCAGUAUACUUGGUCAUCAUUGUUGCUAUUACAUUCUAUCGCGUAACUUAAUAUUUUCUGGUUAAAUUAAAUGGUAUUUUACCACACUCAUAUUAUUUCGCGAUAUUUAGUGCACGAGUGUUAAGACGGUCGACAUUAUUAAGAUGCUUUUCCUCCAAGAACCACUUGUUUUAUGCAUAUACUUGCUCUUCCCACAUAAAGUACCUGACGAGGUGUUUCUAGUUACUGUGCAUAAGUCUAUUGACUUGAAACGAUAUAUAAUCCUGAGAUUAACAGUUUACUAAUCUCAACCUGUCAUAGCCCCAAGUUGUCACUACAACGACAUGAAAUUAUAUAGAUACUGAAGUAGUACCAACAAUCCUAGACAUAGGUGGUGUUCGAGAAGGGUAAAUCCGAGCGAUAAAUUUUCAUGUGAUUUAGACACAGGAUCUGGAGGUCAGCAUGUAGUAAGUCUGCUUUACUUUUACUGACUAGGCUGUGUUAUUCAUCGUUCCUAACCAAUCAACUCACGGACCACGACCUCCCAAAUGGCUAUGUCUAGCGGUGGAUAAUUUCCGUCGGAAUCACACAUCUACCUACGUUAGGUGGUCUCGCAAUAUCGUGGGUCAGUCGAAGUAAGACGCUUUUGCGCAGCAGACCCAAUGUCCUGAGUUAGAUUCCUGGUCAUAAAUGGGUACUGCUGAAAAGUCCCAUUCUUGGACGGACCAAUCGUUCAGUGUUUCUGGGUUUGGAAUGUUUGUCUAAGUUAGAUCAGUUUAUGAUCCCAAUGCAAGUCGAUGGUCUACUGAUGGUAAAUGAUUUGGUGAAGGAGCAUCAUGUGUUCACUUUGCCGCCCUUCGUUUCCUUUCAGGCAACACUGCGCGUCGAGAAAGAUGGUGGCUGGAUGCACGUAACACUUGGCCGGAACAAGGAAGAUUCACAACCUAUUUGCGUAGUAUUCUACUCCCAACUUCAAAGUUAAUUGGUCCACAAACUUUCUUAUUUCGGUUGAUACUGCGAUUAUCCUUUGAUGUAGGAUCUCAUCUUACUUGUCUACUAUUUGGUACAUGUAGAAAUGUUUAAAGUGGUUUUCAGUAGUUUCACUAUGAGUCGGAAAAAAGGCAUUAAAUUUAUGUCGUUAGAUUGUCUAAUGCUCACAGUUCCGGUUAUAAGAGAUUUAUUUAGCCCAUACAAUUUUGGUCUUUGGAGAAUGAACGUUCGUUAUCUCUUUCUCAAUGUUUUUCACGGGUAUCGACUCAUGGUGAGAAGUUAUCUCUGAAAGUCCGAGGUUCAUCGUUCAUCAAACAAUCAACGUUAUUCGUUACUUCAGCUAAGAUCAAACAUAAUCCCUCGGCGUGUAGAUGUACCUUUUGUCUGAUAAAAUUUUAUCGAAGGACUUAUCUCAUGGUUGUCCGUUAUUUCAUAUAAUUUAUUUUUUUUCAGGACACGGCCUCUGAAUAGAUAGUACACUGGUGUAAAUAUUUUGACUAGGUGCAGAAAAAUGUACCGUGGUAAUUACCAUACAAUGACUGUGUGGCCUUUUUUGUAAAGUCUGUUUUAUCUCCAUUAGUAGCUGUGCAUCUCCAGAUGGUCCUAGUAUUGGAUGCAUUUAGUGAUAUUGAGGUCCCCUUAUCUGUCUAAAACACUAAUUAGAAAUGUAUCAGUGCUUGAAGAGUGGGAAAGACUAUGGACAUAAGUAAACAUAUUAUAUCAAAGUUGUAGAUUAAUUUCAUAAUUUUUUGCAAAACAUUUUUGUUACUACGUGCAAAAUAUGACUACUGUUAUUAUUCCACAUAAUUAAGAAACCAUUUAGCUUAUAGUUAGUGUUAAAAAAUGAAAAUAUUUGUUCUCGGAAUAGUCCUAUCGUAGUUCAUUGGGUAAUCUUCACUCAUAUAAAUAAAACCAGAUUGUCUAGUCUACAUACCUGAAAGUGCGUAAGUGUGAAGACCAGCUUUCAUAUGAAAACAAUUUCGAAAAUAUUCACACUACUCAUUAGUAAGGUAAGUCUAAUCGAAUCGGAAAUAGUGGUCUGUUCUCAGGGUUGUUUGUUUUUCAUGGACGUACUGUCCCAAUUACUAUACACGGAUAUUCUGAACAAGUUUAUCAACAGACUUCUUAUAUUCCGGACUCACAUAAUUAACAACUUUCCUGUCUCUAGAGAUUAGUGAUAAUCAUGACCAGUGACUAACAUCCUUUCUCGCAUCUAAUAAACAAGAAGCUUAUACUCAAAACAGUAUUGCGUAAUUUCUAUGAAAAAACUAAGGAGUGAUAGGAACUGCACAGACCAAAUAACACAUCUAGUUGAGAUAGGAAAAAACAUUGGACCGAGAUCGUUGAUUUGGGUUGUGGAUUCGAUCCCAUUUUUCUGUCUGUAUUCAGAAAUAAAAGUCAGUCGGAUGAUUCUGCACAAAAAGUAAUUCUUUUCUCAACACAAUACAUUUGUCUGUGAGUAUUGUGAAGAUUCUUGAAUGUUACUGAAAUCAAUGGAAACCCGGAAGCUCUUUAAACUCCUCUUUAGCCGCCUCAGUGUUCCAGGAGUCAGGCGUUCACGUGUCGGACUGAAGCUCCGAGUUUAGGUUCAUCUUGGUGGGGUUGUGGUUUCGCACUACCGUGGAGCGAUACUGCUGCUUAGCGUUUCCCAGUUUCCAAUGAUUAUCUAACUUUGUUCGGUUCGUAAUCUCAAUAACACUACAUUUCUUUUGAACUGCCACUUUGUCUUUUUAUUUACUCUUUGUAGAGGAUUCAUCGAAUCAAACUUCGAAUAUUUCACUUACUCAGUGAUCUAAUCCUUAAAUCAUCAAAAAUACCCCAUAAGUUUAUUGAAAAGCCUAGUUAUCAGCUAUUUUGAGAACGACAGAAAAAUAUAAUAGAAAAUAUGAGGAAACAUGGGAUACUUAAGUGAAUUUUGACUCCAUGGUUCCUCCUGUUUACCCCUAGGACCUUGCGUAUUUCAAGUAAAUUGCCCGACUUUUUGAUUUUCAGUUAGUCAGUAACAACGUAGAACUUCGUACGUACGUACAUCAGUUCGAGUUGCCACACCACAUUAGCACAGAGAUGCAGUGGUCGAUUCAAAUCCCGUAGUGGUAGAGGUAAUAAGAGUAUCAGCAGUAAUCGGGAAAAUUAGUGUUUGGAGAUGUUACUUAAAGAGUAUAAUACAGUGAAAUAAAUUUGGGGAGAGAAAAAAGUGACAAGGAGGAAUAAGGAGAUCAAAAUUUGGGAGAACACAGAGAGUGUAUGCACCUGCACCAUUGCAAACGAUUUUGAGCCAUGUCAUUCAGGGUCUCUAACCAUCGGUUGCUAUCAUCUCGCGGUCCCCAACCAGGUAGUCUACACCUACCAACAUGACUCAGUCCACUUGUCAGUGACUUCAUGGACUUGUGCCAUGUUUUGGUCUGGCCGCCCCUAGCUUUCUUCCAACCUACUCCUAUACCACUGAACAUCGCACGUCGAGGCAGUCGGUGGUUCGACAUACGUAACACGUGUUCCAGCCAUCUCAACUGAUGAAGUUUCACUACUUCAUCAAUUGAUUUGCCAUCCUUACCUAGUACCUGUUUCUUAAAAACUGCAUUACUUACUCGAUGGCCCCAGGAUAUACGAGCAAUAUUUCGAAGACACAUAUGAUCAAAUACUAGUAACCUACGAAUAUCCUCUACUCUUACCGGCCAUGUUUCACUGCCAUAAAGUAGGACGGAACGAACUGCUGCGCAGUAAACACGUCCUUUGGUUGAUAGACGGAUAUCUCGCCUACGCCAUAAAUGACGCAAGUUGGUAAAAGCUAGUCGAGCCUUCUGUAUCCGUGCUGAGAUUUCGUCACACACCAGACCACAAGAGCUGAUGAGACUUCCACGAUAAGUGAAGCGAUCGACACGCUCAAUUACUUCACUCCCUAUCAUUAGUUCGGGUGUCAAUGCAACCCAAUCCUGAAGCAACAUUUUGCAUUUCGAGGGAGAGAAUCGCAUGCCGAACAUGCUUGUAUUGUUUCGUAUAGCGGUCAGAAGACUGUGUAUUUUGUCGGCGUCUUCACCAAAUAGAACUAUGUCAUUGGCAUAUUCUAGGUCAAAAAGUGAAUUACCCGGUAGAAGUUCAAGCCCUAGAAAUUUAGAUAAGGAAAGUGUCAUCUCUAAAAGCACCUCAACGACAAAGCUAAACAAGAAUGGACAGCCCUGACGAACACCACUUGAGGCAAUCAAUUCUGAUGACAGUUCGCCAUAAACUCUCACUCGACCAAAUGUGCUCGAGUAGAGAGCCUUUACACGGUUAAUGUACUUCCUUAGUACUCCUUUCAGUGACAAACACUGCCAUAGAACCUCACGAUCAUUAGAGUCAAAUGCCUCUUUAAGGUCGAGAAAUACUACGAUUGUGGGGCGUCCGAAUGUGUGUCUGUGUUCUAGAACCUGACGUAGUGUGAAUAUCUGGUCUAUACAAUCAUGUCCAGGUCGAAAACCAGCCUGAUUUUCUCUAGUCUGCUCUUCACGAGCUUUAGUUAGGCGUCGAAGUAUUAUUGAAGCUAAUAUUUUAGAUACUAUAUUUGUCAAACUGACUCCUCUGUGAUUGUCACAAAAGGACUUUUGUCCUUUCUUAUGGACUGGCACAAUCAGUGAUUGAGACCAGUCAGAUGGGAUUAAUCGAAGCGUUUAAACCAACACAAUUAUUCACUAAGAUCAUGAGUCGAUCUAAUACAGUCGUUAAAAAUCUGAGGGCGGCGAAUGGCUGUUUUACCCUAGUUUAGGAAUCUUUAAGAGUGCUUAUCUACAUCCCUCAACCCGGGAAUCGGACCCAGAACCACCGGUCGUCUUCCUAAACGCUUAAUUUUUAAACAUCUAAAGCGAUACCCAAUGAUGCACAGAUCUAAUCACAGCCAAUUUACGGUAUUGCGCGACCAUCCGUUUUCUUUAGCGGGUACCUUCCCCACUUUCGAGACUGCUGAACUCUAGAAAUUUCCUCUCGAAUCUAUUCACUAGUGCGCACAUUAUAAUUGUCAAUAUGGGGUUGUGGAUCUUGUUUAAUUACACUGAACUCAAGAACUGGUCUAAGUAACAUUUAUUUUAUUGUUAAAUAAUGAGGAUGAUCAGUCUGGUUUUUAAUUGUUUUUUUUUCUGGAAUACUUUCCCUUUUGUAACACAUAGAAACACUAAAAGAAAUCGAAAUUACUUGAGUGAGAUAUCGAUCAACAUAAAUUUAAAGCAAGGGUGAUCUGUUGUUCUGUGAGAGAAUUAAGUGACUUUUGUAGAGAUAUAUUGCAAAGUUGUGUCAGCGUUAUACCUACAGUAGUAUACACAGUGAUAUAGUUCGACCAACCAGUCAACAAUUUAAAAAAUUGAAUCUUUUAAUAAAAGCCUGGAGCAGUUAAGUACUAACAAAUAUUCCUUGUGAGAACUUUUCUGACUGAAUUACAUUCAGUUUUGUAUACGGAUAUUUUAUCGUUACAUCUUAGACUUCUGAUCUUAUUCUUGCCCUUGUUCGUUUGUUUCUAGACUAUUGAUGACUAUAAUUCUGAAGAUUUGUAGUGGAUGUUUCUGUUAUUAGUUGUAAGUAGUACAUUCUGACAGGUUUACAACUACAUAUUAUAUACACAAACUAUUAUUAUUUGAAGUUCUUUUGGUUUUGAGAUUGUAAAUCCGUUGAACUAUUUUUUUGAUACUCAGUGUCCAAAUAUUUUGAAUUUACCAAUCUUUUUUGCAAUAAAUUCGAAUGCUAAGGAUUAACCAGUUGGGAAGUCAAAAGAUUAAGCACGUUUUUACUGGUUGUAUAACUAAGAUCAGUUCUUAUUGUGGAAUUGCGAAUUCUACUAAUUGGUCUCUGAUAAUUUUGCUCACGGAACUGAGUGAGACCUAACUGCUAACUGAAUGGUUAUCAGAGGACACAAUCACCUAUCAAGUGAAUAAGUACAUGAAGACAUAUUAUGUGAGUGAUUAUAUUUAUGUAAAAAUAUUUAAUCAAGGUGAUGAUACUCAAUUACUCAAUGAGUAACAGGUGAUUACUCUAAAGGAAAAUUGGGGGUCGCAGGACGACAUAUAGUCGAAAUAAAUCUGACAAAUUAAACAACAUUUUCAGUUACGUUGAUAACCAACUUUAUGCCUUGAGAUUUCCUUUAGUCCACUGAUUAUACAUUACUGAUUAGCUUUCUUUCGCUUGAUGAAUGUCAUUUCGAAACCAGAUUGGAUUUUCGCAGCUCAAACAUGUAAUGACAGUAUUCAAUUCAUUUCAAACACAAAGACCCAUCCUGAUUUCACUUUAGUUUAGUUUCUGGAAACAGUAAGAAAUAAAGUGACAAAUCCACAAAGCGAAUACAUUUUUUGUUAUAUACCAGCAGGUUUUCAAAAUCCAGUAUACAGCCAAUGGGUUUUUCUACGUGCAAUUUUGACCGUAUUGUAUGUACUAAAUGAAAUGUAAAACGGAAUCCCCGACCUUUUGAUUUGUGCUAAGACUGUCGAAACACUUAGGAAGUGCUAUGAAGUUGGUGCUUAUUUUUAAAUACAUGGUAUUUUGUUAACAACUGUGAAAGAAAACAAAUAAAAGCUCUUUAGAAUACGUAAAACAUGCAUUGUAUCUUAUAAAUACUGUUGACUUCAAGCACUCUAACUAUUUACUUGAAUUAAUAGAAGUAAAACCAAGUAAUCUUACGCCUGUUACCCCCAAUCAAGCAUAGUCUGCCGACCGGCAUUCUCCAACCCACUCUGCCCUGGGCCUUCCCUUCUAGUUCUAUCCAACUGUUUUUCAUCCUCAGGUUCGUCUCCAUUUCUCGGCGUUGUGCUCUUUGUUCUUCCUCUUCUCCUUUGGCUUUGAGGAUUCUGAGUGAGGGUUUGCCUUGUGACAGAGGUGUGUGUGUGUCCUAUCUGCUUCCAGCGUUUCUUCCUCCGCUGGAAUCUGGUUUGUUCUCUCCCACAGUAGGUUUUUGCUGAUAGUGUCUGGUCAAAGAUCCGAAGUACUUUGCGUAGACAGCUGUUAGUAAAUACUUGUAUCUCCUGGAUGAUGCCUUUCGUAGUUCUUCAAGUUCCUGCCCCAUACAGUAGGACCGUCUUGACAUUUGUAUUGGAAAUUCUGAUCUUGGUGUUGGUUGACAGUUGUUUUGAGUUCCAGAUGUUCUUCAAUUGUGUAUAUGCUGCUCUUGUUUUGCCGAUCCGCGCCUUCACAUCUGCAUCAGAUCCACCGUGUUCAUCAGUGAUGCUACCCAGAUAUGUAGAAGCUUUUACAUCCUCCAAAGCUUCUCCGUCAAGUGUAAUUCGAUUGGUGCAUGUUAUGUUGUAUCAGAGAAUCUUACUUUUCCGUUUGUGUAUGUUGAUACCUACUGCUGCUACACCGGUCAUCUGCAUUUCUUUUUACGUGUGCGUUAAAAGAACCAGAUCAUCUGCGAUGUCUAGAUCGUCCAGCUGCAUCCUAGAUGUCCACUGUAUCCCGUGCUACCCUUCAGACGUUGACGUCUUCAUGGUUCAGUCGGUCACCAGGAGAAAGAGAAAGGUUGAGAGUAAACAAGCUUGCCUGACACCGGCCUUUACUUCGAACGAGUCUGUGAGAUGUCCUCUAUGUACGAUUUUGCAGUCUAAUCCAUCAUAAGAAUUCCGUGUGAUGUUAACUAUCUUCUCAGGCAUACCGUAGUGUCGAAGAAGCCUCUAUAGUGUUGUCCUGUUCAUUCUAUCAAAUGCUUUCUCGUAGUCAAUGUUGAUGUAGAGUGAUGAAUUCCAUUUAAUUCAUUGUUCCACAAUAAUCCGUAGUGUUGCGAUUUGAUCGGUUCACGAUCGAUCCUUACGGAAUCCAGCCUGUUAGUCUCGAAGUUGGGCGUCGACGGAGUCCUUCAUUUAACAACACUCUGUUGGAGACUUUUCCUGGUAUUGAGAGAAGCGCGAUGCCUCUGUAGUUCCCACACUUGCUGAGAUCGCCUUUCUUUGGUAUCUUGAUCAGGUAUCCCUCUUACAAUUUGUUUGUAUCCGUUCUUCAUCCCAAAUCUUGCUGAAGAGAAUGUUGAAUGUCUUCGCAAUUACUGCUACAUCUGCUUUCAGUGCCUCUGCUGGGAUGUUGUCUGGUCGUGGUGCUUUGCCGCUAUUGAUUUGUCUGGUGUCCAUGCCGAUCUCUUCAAUUGUUGGUGGUGGUUGAGAUGUCUGUGGGUGCUGCUUCGAUGUUAGGUGGGUUCAGUGGGGCUGGUGGAUUCAAGAGUUCCUCACCUAUUUCGCUGUUAUUAAAUGUUGGUGAUUACUUUGCCGUUUUUGCUUUUCACUGGUCGUUCUGGUUUACGAUAAUUUCCAGAGAGCUUCUUUGUUGUAUCAUACAAUUAUCUCAUGUUUCCUUAUCUUGCAGCCUUUUCCGCCGUCAUUCCUAGAUCUCUCACAUAUUUACGCUUUUCAGCUCUGAUGCUCAUCUUCACUUGUUUGUUUGCUUCUGUUUAUUCAGCUUAUGACGACUUUUUCCGCUCGUGUUCGGUUGGUAUUGAUUGCUGACUUCUUGUUCCUCAUUUCUUGGAUCUUAUCCAGUGUAUCAACAGUGAUGCAUUCCUUACGAUAGUGCUUCUUGUGGCCCGGAACCUCAUGACAUGUUGAAGUGACUGCCUCCCUGAUCCCUUUCCAAUUGUUCUCCACAGUAGUUCCCUCUUCACUGAAUAGAUUAUGAAAGGCCUGGAACCUAUUACUGACGGCUAUCUUGAGUUCGUUGAGUCUGUCAGUAUCCCGAAUAAAGGCCAUAUUAAAAUUUUGUGGUGUUGUCCGCCCCAUUGUCCGGUGCUUCUUGAGUUUCAAUUUCAUCUUGACGACCAGCAAGUGAGAAUCUGAAGCUACAUCAACUCUCUCGGUUUUCACGUCCUCUAUCUGAACUUGUUAUUGAUGCAGAUAUGGUCGAUAUGGUUUUGGGUAGUGUGAUCCGGUGAAAUCCAUGUGGCUUUGUGUAUGUGUUUAUGUGGGAAUAUAGUGCCGUCUAUGACCAGUUUAUUGAAGGCACGUAGGUUUUCAAAUCUCUCACCAUCUUCGUUCCAUUCUCCCAGUCCAUAUCGUCUCAUGAUGCGUUCAUAUCCGUGUUGCCCAUUCCGACAUUAGCAUUUAGGCCUCCCAUUACAAUGGUCAAAUCCUUUGUUGGGUAUUUCUCAACGAUUGAUCGCAGCCUAUCGUAGAAUUGAUCAUCAACGUUUUCAUUUUAGUUUUUGCUAGGCGCAUAGCAUUGGAUGACGUUCAUUGUGAUACCCUCUUUCUUUGUUUUGAAGGAGGCUUUGAUGAUCCUUGGCCCAUGAGAUUCCCAUCCUAUAAGUGCAUUUUGUGCUUGUUUGGACAGCAUCAAUGCAACUCCUUGUGUAUAUGGGGCAUUUUCUUCAUGGCUAGAGUACAACAGCAGCUGCCCUGAAGCUAGUUUUUGUUGUCCAACCUGCGUCCAAUGUGUUUCACCGAUUUCAAAUACAUCCAGGUUGUAUCUUUUCAUUUCUGCAGCAACUUUGAUGACUCUCCCCGUCUCCCACAUUGUACGAACAUUCUAUGUACCUAAACUAAUGGUUGACCUAGUUGUCGGAAGGGGCAUCAGCCUCGUGACUUCCAAAGGAACUCGGCUUUCAUCAUGAGACCUCACAACUCUUCUAAAUGAAAACCUAACUCUCAGGUCAGAGUUAAAUUGAUUCGAGUUAUUUCUUUUGGUUAGGGUUUUUUAGCGAGUUAGUUUUCUACAGGAUUUUGGUAAGAUAACAUGCAGGGAUUAUCAUGAGUCAAGAAAUACCAGGGUGCAAAAUAUUUUUAUGAUACUUUACGGCAAUGGGAAAAACAGUAUGAACUUUCUUAACAGAUUCUUAGUAAAAGAAUUGAUGUAACAUGUUAGUGUAGGAUUUUCUUGCAGAAAUACAGAAAGCAAAAGAUGUACAAGCAGGUUACUAGAAGAAGAAUUUACAAACAACAGGAUAUUGGUAGGAACAGCAAUUCAGUGACACUAGUGAUUCAAACAACCAGUCAUAUGAAUAAGUACUAAGUAACCAAUGGGACCGGAAUGACUCAUAUUUUUUAUACGAUUACUUAGUAUCAUCACUUUCAGUGUAAAAAAAGUGUAAUGUACCGAUAUUUGUUCUAUGAUGAGGAAUAUGCAUCAGGUUACACGUAAAAGGAACAAGAGCGUCGCUGAUUUCUUCAGUCUUUGGAAUGAAGAGCUCACCGAACGACCUUGACGGUUAGGGGAAAGACUGCCCAUUAAAACAUACUAUACGGUCUUUGAAACGCGCCUGCGUAGUUUUUAGUAGCAUUUGAAAUGAACUUCGUUCUGCUUGACCUUCAACUUUGGAGUUUCUGUGAAUCUCUUACAUUUGCACUUUGCAUCCCCAAACGCUCCUAACAAUUUGAGAAGUAUCUUUUACAAAAUGAUCUACUUAAACUGGAAUAUCUGGUAGAACUUAAGUGGGUUAUUAUCACUUAUUGAUAAGGAACGUAUUUACCUCAUAUUGUCUAGGUUGGUUAUUAAGUAAUGAGUUUCUAAAAAUAAUUUGUGGUAGUUUAAUGUAGACGAACAAUGCAUGUAUGAGUAUAGAGAUGUUGGGAAACUGUAGUGUGGUUUAUGGGGAAUAUUGUUACGCACAAUAAAAAUUGAAAAUCGUAAUGUCCUUGGACUUAAAUCUAAAGUGUUAAACUAAUUUUUGAAAAAGUGUCCUCUCAUUGACUACACAAGCAUCAUUUGAUGACUAAAAUCCGCCUGGAACUCAAUGUGAACUGUCUUUAGCUAUCUCGGUCUAAUUUUAUCGAUAUUGUAUACGUGGUCCAACACAUCGUAUGAAAUGUAAAAGAAUACAAUCAUUACAUUAGCACUGUUCAAUACGUUCGCUAAUAUCCAGGUCACCAGAAGAUACUCUCUGGAAUUCCGAACACAGACAUAAUAGUUUGAUACUUAUUCCAAAAAAAAAAUCGUGGACGUAGUACGUUCUAGGGCUAAAUAUGUUCCUUGAAGUGUAGUGUUUUCUAAUCUACAUAUUUCCUCUAUAGUCUCAAUCAUUUGGUUACAUAUAUAUUCCAAAGGUUAUAUAAAUGCAGUCAAACGGAGUUGCCAACCUUGAAUUAUAGCAGUGGCUAUUAAGAAAAUUUUUCGAAUGCGAGCGAUUCAUGAUGAUCCAGAGAUUCCCACAAGGGCGGAUUAAGAGACAGUGAAUAAAACGAAAUGAACUAACACAACAAGAUAAAGAGCUAUUUACUGUCUGAAUACAAAAGACUGAAUAUUUGUGAUCGGACCUCAUUUUUAUCUCGAAUAUUUUUAGGAACUGACAGCGACGAAUUAUAGUACACAUUAAAUAAAAGAGAAUAUAUAUGAUUUCGAAUCACUUUCAGUGAAUUGUAACAAUAGAGGGACAUAUUAACUAUAAAAGGAUGAUAUGUCUGGCAAUCUAAUAGAAAACAGUGGUUCUAAAAUUACAAUACAUACAUACAAAAAUUAGGUAAACUAAUAAAAAGACAUCAUAUUCAACAAGCACAAAAUGGUUACUCAGUACGAACACAAUCAUAUUUAAGUUAUAAAUUCUUUGGUUAUUUACUUACGCUUGUUAUCCCUUGUGGAGGAGCAUAGGCCACCCAUCAGCAUUCUCCAUCGAACUCUGUUCCUGGUGAUCCUUUCCAGUUGCUGUUGAUCUUUUAGUUAUCUUUCUCCAAUUAUCGGCUCAGUGUGUUCUUUGGUCUUCUUCAUUUCCGUUCCCACUAGGGAUUCAAGUUAGGACUUGUCUCGUGAUGCAGUCUGAUGGUUUCCGCAACGUAUGUCCUAUCCACCUGAAGCGUCUUUUCCUAAUUUCCUCUUCAGCUGAAAGCUGGUUUGUUCUCUUUGAUAUUAGGCUGUUACUGAUGGUAUUGGACAAACGGACAUUGACUAUCUUACAUAGACAAGUGUUUAGAAAUUCCUGCUUUUUUAAUCAUGGUUUUAGUUGUUCUCUACGUAUCAACUCUGUACGAUAGGACUAUAUUGAAAAUUCUGACUUCGAUACUGGUUGACAAUUUUUUCGAGUUCCAUGUUUUUCAACCGUAGGAAUGCUGUCUUUAUUUUGCCAAUCUUUGCAUCUAUGUCUGCAUCAGAUCCUCCCCGUUCAUCGAUGAUGCUACCCAAGUAAGUGAAAGUUUCCAUCUGUUCCAGAGGUUCUCCAUCAAGUGUGAUUGGGUUGGUGUUUCCCGUGUUGUAUUUGUGGAUGUCGCUUUUCUUCUUGCAUCCUUAUGUAAUACGGUCUGUUGAUCUUUCAUCCAGUUCAACAAUACUCUGUUGAAAGCUAUUCCCGAUUCUUGUAGUAAUAUGACGUCUCUGUAGUUCUCACAAUUGCUGAGGUCUUUUUUAAUAUUCUGGUGAGGUAUAUCUCUUUUCAGUCCAUUAGCACAUGUUCUUCCAAACAUUUUUGAAUAGGACGUGGAGCGUGUUUACACUUAUCUCUAUAUAUUCAGCGAUCUUUGAGUAGAUCUUGCAGGGCUUGGAACCUGUUGUUAAGAGCUGUCUUGGAUUCGUCGUUUGUCAGUUUCUCGGCGGAAGGCUAUACUGAACCUUUGUAAUGCUGUCACUCCAGUGGUCUAGUGGUUCUUUAGCUUCACUUUUAUCUUGGCCACAACCAAGUGGUGGUCUGAAGGUAUGUCAGUUCUCUUGAUUCUCAUGUCUUCCAUUGACCUUCUGAAUUGUUUAUUGAUGCAAAUAUGAUCUAUCUGAUUCCCUGUAGUGUGAUCCGGUGAAUGCCAUGUAAGUUUGUGGGGCAAUGCAGUGUCACCUAUAACCAUUUUUAAUGCGCAUAAAUUUGCAAAAUUGUCACUUGUCCCUUUCCCACAGUUCAUGUCAUCCCAUGAUAUCAUCAUACUUUGGCGUUUAGGUCUCCGACAGGUCGUUUCCUGAGCACUUCUCUAUGACUCACUGAAGCCUCUCAUAAAGCUGAUAUUUACCGUCUUCAUUUACACCAUUUUUGUGGGCAUAGCACUGGAUAACAUUCAUUGUAAUUCCCUCUUUCUUUGUUAUGAAGGAUGCUUUGAUGAUUCUGGAUCCAUAAGAUUCCCAUCCUAUAAGUGUUUUUCGUGCUUCUUUGUACAGCAUCAGCACAACUCCUUGUGUGUAUGAGUCAUUUUCUUCUUCAUGACCAAAGUACAACAGCAUCUCUCCCGAAUCUAAUAUUUUCUGUCCAGUUUGUGUUCAAUGAGUUUCACUGAAUCUGAGAACCGCCAAGUUGUAUCCUCAUUUCCGUAGCUGUUUGACUGGUCCUCCCGGUCUCCCACAUUGUUCGAACAUCUCGUGUACCUAUAAUAAUUGUUACCCUGUUAAUUAGAAGGGUUAUCGGCCUCGUGACGUCCAAAGUGUUUCGGCUUCCACCAUGAAACCUCAUAACUCUUCUAAAUGAAGAUCCUUCAAUCUUUAGGACUGAGUUUAAGCAGUUGAAAUAUUUUUUGUGAUCAGAUUUUUUUUACAAAGAUUGUUUUCUACGAGAUCAGGUUGCUGAUCCAAUGCCCAACCCCGCUCUUUUAUCUGGGCUUGGGACCGGCAGUGAUCCUAGAAGGAAUACAAGCGGAGUUCUAAAAAUGUCUGUAUGAGCGAAUAGUAAAAUGAGUGUUUUCAAACUAAAUGUUAUUCCUCUUUUAUUUGAGAAUCAGAUACGGACCAAUAUAAUUGUGUUUUCCUGCAUUAAUAAAUAAAAUUUCAAUAAUAUAGCUAAUCUAGACAAAUAAGAAAUUUUUAAUCAGAGAUAAAUAGUGACAAGCAAUGAGUUUCAGGACGCGCGUUUCGUCAUACUCACGACUCGUCCGAGUUAGUAUACAUUCUGGGACCCGAACAUACUGCCGUUCGUUUCAAACAACGUCGCGUUAUCCACUUAGUUACUGAAUCCAGAAAACCACUGGUUUGUGCAACGGGGUGAAUUUUAAUGCAUAUAUAUUAGCUGUUUGAAUCGUCCCAUCGAUAAUGAAGGCUGCAAUCGCUUAGUCUUUUUUGGCAUCCUGUGUGGAUUGCCUCGAUAUUGCCAUUAAGCCACUAACAUUUUAAGCGAAUAUGGAUCAAAAGAUAAAUAUUAAAAUCAAUUCUAGGAAAUUCUGUUGUUUCCAAUUUCUGGGUCACUUUAACUCACUGUUAUUAUCUUCAGUAACUUGAAUUUAAAUUUAUAAAACAAUCAGUUUUCCAGUGUAUUUUUGAGAAAUAUGUUUCCGAAUUUUGAAAUAAAACGCCUAAACAGAUGAUACAAUUUUACAUUAUUUUAUCAGGGACUACUGAGUACGUCUAACGUAGAAAUGGGGAAGCUACAGCUUUCAAAUCAAAUUCCAUAGAGCCCGAGUGAUCACAUAGAAAUAAGCAUGGAAGCAGCCAGAAGUGAGAUAAUUUUGGAUUAAGACAGAAAGUCACUUUAUAUCAGAGUUUAAGAGUAUAGUACUUGAAAAAAAAUCAAUCUGUUGUAUAAGCAAUAUGAGGAAUGUAACUACGUUCAGUUCCCAGCUUUAAGCAAGGGGCACAGUGUCUCGAGGAUCCCCUUAGGUAUAAGGUUAACAAAUUUCAGAGUUGAAGAUUUACUUUCAUGACGUUUUGAUAAUUAAGAUACGUUCAGAUAACAAUUUAAUUUGUUGACUGCUCUACUUUCUUUUGUUGUGUCGCCAGCUAUUCAUGAACUUCAGAUGCAACAAUUAAAUCAACACGCUGAUAACACUGAAUUCUCUCCAUCAUUGACGAAGGAUGAGUUUGCACUUGUAAUGUCCGAUUUGAGGGGGAGGAUAAAUUACAUUUGUCAACAAGCGCUUCAUAUAAUAACUUCGACAACUCAAUAUUUUUGGGUCCGGAGUCAGAAUUACAACAAGUAAAAUAAAUUUUAAUUAAGACAAACUCGUGAGAAACUGUUUCCAGUUGCACUCAUAUUAUUGUGAUAGUGACGUUGUUGACGAUGGUGUUUGCUUUGAAUAAUCUUAUAUUAUUCCAUCUAAUGUACUGUCUACAUUCAUGUGGCCCUUUGAUAAGAAAGUUUGUCCACUUAAAAUUCUCUGCCAUACAACUGGACCAGUCAAGAUGUACACUAGCAAUUUGGUUGACCUUGGUUUGACCAAUCAGAAGGCAAACCAUCCGCCUCCGUAAUUAUAUAAACCAAAAUACUAGAAGAAAUUGAGAAUUUAAACGUGCUCUUCGCUGAGUUUUCGUGCUGAUCUGGGAGCUAUGCCUUUCACCCCAGCAAAAGUAGAGAAGUGUGUACGUUGUGACAAAUCGGUUUACGCUGCCGAAAGGAUGGAAGCCGGUGGGAAUAUCUGGCACAAGCGUUGUUUUUGUUGUUCAAAAUGUGAUAUGUUAUUGAAUUUAAACAAUUAUAAUCAAAGUGAUCGAAUUCUGUAUUGUAAAAAACAUUUCCAAGAAGAGGUUCUGGCUAAAAAUACCCAAACUCCAAUCUAACUUCUAAAGUUAAAAGAAAAUGAGCAGAUAUAUACCUAUCUAUAUUCUACCCUUCUCAUUAUAGCUAACAAUGAUAAUUGAAUCAUGAAAUAGUUUUGACAAGAUUUGCUUCUUUAUUAUUAUUAUUAUUAUUGCUGGUAGUAGUAGUAGUAAGUUGUAACCGAUUGUAUACCUAAAUGUAUAUCUAUUAGAUUUAUAACUUUUAGUCAUUUAUCUUAAAGUACGAAAACUUUUUUUCUUUAUGAAUGUGUACUACUCCACUUUUUCUGUUUCACUGUUUCAUAAAUAUAACCUUUUCAUUGAUAUUUUCGUGUCUUACGAAUCUUUUGUUCUCUUCUCUUCAAACCCAGUUCUCUUUGAUAUUUCUUCAUCAUUAGUAUAAUAAUCUGUUGGCAAAAGUUUAUCAUUUCUCUGUUUUAUAUAAUUUUUCAUGGUAACGUAAUCGCUUUUAUUGAACAAAAUAAAGCUUUCCGUAUACUGGGUUUGUUUUCAUAGUAUGAAGAAUCUAUCUAGAAUAAUAAUCCACAUGUAUGUGAGUGUUUAUGAGAGAGGAGUUUGAAUCAAGAAAAUAAAAGAUCACUUAUCCACUAAGAUCGAACUUAGGACUUUUAUAUUGAAUAUUAUAUUGUAGCUUACAAAUUAGUUUUUCUAAUGAGAAUUCCUAUACUUUACAUUAUUUCUACGCAUAAGAAAAAUAUCAAAAGUAUGAAAACUGGAUGCUAUUCUAAGACUAUUUUAAACUGUCAAGUUAAGGUAUUGAACAUCUAUGUUGUUAUCGUACCAAUCUCUGUUGAAUAAGUCACCUUUUAUGUAAAACCAUUAGGAAAAACGAGUGAAUAUCUGUAAAAAUGUGAAUAAACAGUUUGACUGAAAUUGUACACUGAGUAUGUAGGAGGCAUCCUAUGUACAGGUAAACAUGAAAUAAUCUAUUUGAUUAACAUUUAAAUAAUGUCACCUUUUUGACCGACGGUUUGGCUCGAGCUCUAAGAAAAUCAGAAUUGGAAUUAUCAAGAAUAAAUACGAAGUCGACACUAGGAUCUUGCCCAUUCACGUUCUAACGCUGAUUUUGUAUAUAGUAAGGAUGUGACUCAUCUAAUAUGAAAUGUGUUCAAAAUGCGAUGUAUAAGUGUCAUGGUUGCUACAAAUUCAGUGAACAAAUACAGUCCUUGGCUACGACUAGUAACAUAUUGAUCUUUUUUAGAUUAUCAAACUAGGGGUACAUUUUAGUACCGAUUGUCCGAUUCCACUGUAAAUGACCGAGAUCGAUGCUUAUCAUAUACAUAUCAAAACUUAACUAUAGGUAUGUUCUGUCGACUUGACGUGUUUAGAACAACUGUAUGUCGAAAGUCGAAUAUGAAUUAUAUUUAAGGUACACAUAUUUUGGAAUUGCUAAAGUUAAACGAUAGAUAAACAAAUAAGAGACGCGGCAAUUGUAUGAAGCAUCUGAGUUCGGUAAUCCACUGAUUCAGAUGAUAACAAAGCAACUCGGUCAUGUAAGAACUGCAAGAAAUGGGUAGACACAUACACCAUCAUACACAUGUAUAAAGCAUAUCCUAGACUGCAUGUCGAUAACUAACAGGCUCAAAUAUAUGAAUGACUGAGUAAAGAUUAGAAUAAAUCAUCUAUCUAAAGGUUAUGGUAAGUCAGAUAGACGUGUAACUAUACUAAGUGCUGCAAGAUAUUAGUAAAUUAAAACGGUCGAUGUAUCUGUUGAUUGAGAAUAGUCGGAUAUUUGUAUUGUGAUGUUAAUUGAAAGUACCUGGCGCUCAAUGCAACCAUAAUAGUUGAAUAAAUAAUUAAACGUUCUUUGUCGUUGAGAUCGUAUCACAAGUCGUAUUCCUCUUACUUCGAGAUCAUAUUUUUAAGUCUCAUUAAUACCGACUAAAUGGUAUCAAUAGCACGAAAAUAAAUUUUUCUACCGUGUUUGUUUACUAACCUUAUGGUUUUAUGCUUUUUUUAUGGUAAGGGACGAUUAGUUCUUUUCCAAUCUUCAUGAAUAUUGCUUUUAUUUUCCAUUUUUCAUAGUCUUUUUCAAAAACUUGAGGGCAAUUAGUUAUUCUAGAUGAACAUAAGAUUGGGCAUAAUUAUAUCUGUUUGUUUCCUAUCCCCAUAACUAGAUAAUUACUCCUGGUUAUCAAAUUCCUAACAACAGUUACCUGAAUUCUUCUGUUAGCUAUCAUCCAUCUUCGCUUUUAUUAUGCUUGUAAUUUAGCAGCAAAUGUCAAAAAAGAGACUGACCAACUGCAUUUCUAAACACCAAUCGGGAAAUUCAAAAAACCAGUACAAAUGAAUAGAACUUCACCCCAUUGCAGAAGCCGCUGGUUACAUAGACUCAGUAGUUAAGUGGAUAACGUGGUGAAGUUUGUAGCGAGUGGUAUUGGGUUCGAGUUCCGGAAUGGACAUCAACUUGGAUGCAUGUACAUCUGGCUGAAGAGUCCCAAAUAUGACGAAAUGCGCGUCCUGGAAUCCACUGCUAGCCACCAUCUAUCUCUGAUUAUAAAAGUGACCUUUGUUGAGAGACCAUGUCCCAACUUGAAAUUCAGAUAUCACUCAGAAUCUGUUCAUUUUGGGGAAAAAACUAACUUUGAUAUUGUUGUUUUGUCUUCGUCCGAUCAAACAAUUGAAAAAUGUUAGUUUAUGAUUUAAAAAAUCGAUCUCUUUGACAAAAUUAAUGGACUCUGAUAUAUUGUUUACUUGUUCAAAUAGUUCUAAACCAUUUUGUCUCAGCAAACAUUUCAUCUACAUACCGUAACCAGAUUUUUGGUAGAUUGUUGGUUAUACUGGUUUCUAAAGAAUCUAUGAAUAAAUUCUCUACAAUCGGUGAAACUAAAUGUCUACAGCUAUUACUUCUUCCUACCGAUAUAGAUUUUGCCGUAGAACGAAUAAGGUGCAGUAUAAACAUAAUUUCGAGCUCCUAAUAACCUUGAGGUACUUUAAUAUGAUUUGCUUUGAUCCUAUCACUGAAUUGAGUCCUACGCUUUUACUGUGCUGUCAUAUAGUCUGAGGAUCCUAGCUGGAUAUUUCAUGACAUUAUAUGUUGGUGGGUUUGUAGAGCCUGCCUCUGACCUUAAUCCUAUCUUAUUUUUGUGGGUCAUUACUAGUCCAUAGAAUCUAUAAGGAUUGCUGCUUUUGGUCAUAAAUUGAGCCAUAAUAAAGGUCCCAGUUUCAUUCCUAUCGAUUGUAAAAGCUUGAUCGUUCGCGGCUUUAGUUUGUUGAAUGUAGCAUGUUGUUCGGAUUCUGUAAUUUCCUCGUUCUGGUCAUUUUUGAGAUGUUCUUCAGCUUUUUUAUCAUAGUAUGUUUCAUUAACAAUAACUAUGAUAUUUCUUUUGUCCUAAUGCAAUGGCAAUUGUUUCAUCUGUAUGAAACUGUCUUAAGUAGUAUACUUCAUUUUUAAUUAAGUUAGAAAUGUAAUGUAAUAAUGUAGCUGAAAUUUUGUUCCUUACAUUAUUCGAUUCUUCAUUGAAAGGUACUUCACACCAGGUUCAGCUAGAGAUAUAAUUUUGAAAGAAGACAAAAGUAGUUUAUUAUUAUUAAAAUUAAGACCAUUUGAAAACAAAAACAUUUCAUGGUCGUUUAGACUUUUGCCUAACAAAUUUGCUGCCACUUUGUUAAUGCCAGGAUUACUAGAAG